AUGAACCACGAUCCAUUCCAAUGGGGAAAGCCAUUGGACUCUGUUUAUGGCCCAUACAAUGCUAAAAUUGCCCAUGCUACAAACAAACGUACCACCAACAUUAAAGAUGUGUCAGACUUCCCUACCAUGCAUACCCAACAGCCAAUGAUUACAGGUACCUCUGUGAUUUCUGUUCGUUAUCAGGACGGUGUUGUUCUUGCUGCCGACAACAUGGGAGCGUACGGCUCAUUGAUGAAGCUUGAUGAUGUCGAGAGAAUUGUCAAAGUUGGAAAAGACACGAUCGUGGGCAUUUCAGGUGACAUUAGUGACAUGCAACAUUUGCACAGAAUUCUUGACGACCUGGUGGUUGAGGACCGUUACGACAUGGAAUCCGACCACUUGAAGGCCAACCACGUGCACGAAUAUCUUACCAGAGUUCUCUAUAACCGCCGGACUAAGAUGGAUCCGCUGUGGAACGCAUGUAUCGUUGCUGGUUUCGACGAGCAGGGAGAAGUGUUUUUAAAGUAUGUCGAUUUGUUGGGCGUGACAUACACGUCUCCAGCGUUGGCCACUGGAUUUGGAGCGCAUCUGGCCAUCCCAUUGCUUAGAAAGAAGGCCGACACCGAUGAGGACGUGAAGAAUCUCACUAAGGAGGAUGCAGUGCAGCUUGUGAAGGAUUGUAUGAAGGUGUUGUUCUACAGAGACGCCAGAUCAUUGGAUAAAUACACUCUUUGUGUGGUCGAGAAGUCCACCAAGCAGAUCGAGAUCCAAAAGGACGUCAAGUGCGAGGAUAUGAAAUGGGGAUUUGCCAAAGACAUCUCUGGUUACGGUUUACCACAAUUAUAA